GAGUCAGCUGAGCUGCCUGGGCGAGGUUGUGAUCACCUGGGAUCUGCUAAGGGCAGCCUGUAGUCUCUAGGGACUGGAGCUGGGGCGCACAGCUGCGCCACCUUCUACCGGGUUCUCCCCGAUCGUCUCGUCCUACGCAGCGACAGCGAGAAGGGCCUCAUAAUUUGUAAAGGGUUCUCAGGGAUCUGUCAGGCGCUGGGGCAUCACAGCUUGCAAAGCCAGGACGACAGGGGUCCCAGUUGUGACCCCCCCCCCCCCCCAGGCCCCAGACCAAAGGCCCGGAGGUCGAGCACCAUGGCGUCCAUCCUGGAUGAGUAUGAGGACUCGUUGUCCCGCCCGGCCGUCUUGCAGAGCGGUUGCCCUAGCGUGGGCAUCCCCCAUUCUGGGUAUGUAAAUGCCCAGCUGGAGAAGGAAGUGCCUAUCUUCACGAAGCAGCGGAUUGACUUCACUCCCACAGAGCGCAUCACAAGUCUUGUCGUUUCCUGCAAUCAGCUCUGCAUGAGCCUGGGCAAGGAUACACUGCUCCGCAUUGACUUGGGCAAGGCGAGUGAGCCCAACCGUGUGGAACUGGGGCGCAAGGACGAUGCCAAAGUCCACAAGAUGUUCCUGGACCACACUGGCUCUCACCUCCUGAUUGCCCUGAGCACCACCGAGGUCCUUUACAUGAACCGCAACGGACAGAAGGCCCGGCCCCUGGCACGCUGGAAGGGACAGCUGGUGGAGAGCGUAGGUUGGAACAAAGCACUGGGCAACGAGAGCAGCACCGGCCCCAUCCUGGUCGGCACGGCGCAGGGACAGAUCUUCGAGGCCGAGCUGUCCGCCAGCGAAGGGGGCCUCUUCGGCCCGGCGCCGGACCUCUACUUCCGUCCGCUCUACGUGUUAAAUGAAGAAGGGGGCCCAGCCCCCGUGUGCUCCCUCGAGGCCGAGCGCGGCCCCGACGGCCGGGGCUUUGUCAUCGCCACCACCCGGCAGCGCCUCUUCCAGUUCAUAGGCCGGGCCGCGGACGACGCCGAGGCCCAAGGCUUCUCGGGCCUCUUCGCCGCCUACGCGGACCACCCACCGCCGUUCCGGGAGUUCCCGAGCAACCUGGGCUACAGCGAGCUGGCGCUCUACACCCCCAAGCUCCGCUCGGCCCCCCGCGCCUUCGCCUGGAUGAUGGGGGACGGCGUGCUGUACGGCGCCCUGGACUGCGGGCGCCCCGACUCCCUGCUGAGCGAGGAGCGGGUGUGGGAGUACCCGGCGGGGGUGGGGCCCGGGGCCAGCCCGCCCCUCGCCCUCGUCCUCACCCAGUUCCAUUUCCUGCUGCUGCUGGCCGACCGGGUGGAGGCCGUGUGCACCCUGACCGGCCAGGUGGUGCUGCGGGACCACUUCCUGGAGAAGUUCGGACCCCUGCGGCACAUGGCGAAGGACUGGUCCACGGGUCACCUGUGGGCCCACACGGAGCGCGCCGUCUUCCGCUACCACGUGCAGCGCGAGGCCCGGGACGUGUGGCGCACCUACCUGGACAUGAACCGCUUUGACCUGGCCAAGGAGUACUGCCGGGAGCGGCCCGACUGCCUGGACACGGUCCUGGCCCGGGAGGCCGACUUCUGCUUCCGCCAGCACCGCUACCUGGAGAGCGCCCGCUGCUACGCCCUGACCCAGAGCUACUUCGAGGAGAUCGCCCUCAAGUUUCUGGAAGCCCGGCAGGAGGAGGCGCUGGCCGAGUUCCUGCAGCGGAAACUGGCCAGCCUGAAGCCAACCGAGCGGACCCAGGCCACGCUGCUGACCACGUGGCUGACGGAGCUCUACCUGAGCCGCCUGGGUGCCCUGCAGGGCGACCCCGAUGCUCUGAGUCUCUACCGAGAUACACGGGAGUGCUUCCGCACCUUUCUCAGCAGCCCUCGGCACAAAGAGUGGCUCUUCGCCAGCCGGGCCUCCAUCCACGAGCUGCUGGCCAGCCACGGGGACACAGAGCACAUGGUCUUCUUUGCGGUGAUCCUGCAGGACUACGAGCGGGUGGUGGCCUACCACUGCCAGCACGAGGCCUACGAGGAGGCCCUGGCAGUGCUUGCCCGCCACCGUGACCCCCAGCUCUUCUACAAAUUCUCCCCCGUGCUCAUCCGACACAUCCCCCGCCAGCUGGUAGAUGCCUGGAUCGAGAUGGGCAGCCGCCUGGAUGCCCGGCAGCUCAUCCCCGCCCUCGUGAACUAUAGCCAGGGCGGGGAGGCCCAGCAGGUGAGCCAGGCCAUCCGCUACAUGGAAUUCUGCGUGAACGUGCUUGGCGAGACCGAGCAGGCCAUUCACAACUACCUGCUGUCGCUGUAUGCCCGCGGCCAGCCGGCCUCGCUGCUGGCCUACCUGGAGCAAGCCGGGGCCAGCCCGCACCGUGUGCAUUACGAUCUCAAAUACGCGCUCCGGCUCUGUGCCGAGCACGGCCACCACCGCGCUUGCGUCCACGUCUAUAAGGUGUUGGAGCUGUAUGAGGAGGCGGUGGACCUAGCCCUGCAGGUGGAUGUGGACCUGGCCAAGCAGUGUGCAGACUUGCCACAGGAGGAUGAGGAACUGCGCAAGAAACUGUGGCUCAAGAUUGCCCGGCACGUGGUGCAGGAGGAGGAAGACGUGCAGACAGCCAUGGCAUGCUUGGCCAGCUGUCCCUUGCUCAAGAUUGAGGAUGUGCUACCCUUCUUUCCUGACUUUGUCACGAUCGACCACUUCAAGGAGGCAAUCUGCAGUUCACUUAAGGCCUACAACCACCACAUCCAAGAGCUGCAGCAGGAGAUGGAGGAAGCCACGGCCAGCGCCCAGCGGAUCCGACAAGACCUGCAGGAGCUGCGGGGACGCUAUGGCACCGUGGAGCCCCAGGACAAAUGCUCUACCUGUGACUUCCCUCUGCUCAACCGGCCCUUCUACCUCUUCCUCUGUGGCCACAUGUUUCACGCCGACUGUCUCCUGCAGGCCGUGAGGCCCGGCCUCCCCGCCUACAAGCAGGCCCGGCUGGAGGAGCUGCAGCGCAAGCUCGGGGCUGCGCCUCCUCCAACCAAAGGCUCUGCCAAGGCCAAAGAGGCCGAAGCUGGGGCUGCAGCCGGGGGGCCCAGCCGGGAACAGCUCAAGGCUGACCUCGAUGAACUGGUGGCCGCCGAGUGUGUGUACUGCGGGGAACUGAUGAUUCGCUCUAUUGACCGGCCCUUCAUUGACCCCCAGCGCUAUGAGGACGAAAACCUCAGCUGGCAGUAGGAGGUUGUCCCCAUGUCCCCGUGUGGGUAGACAGGCAGGGAUGCAGCUAUCAGAUUCUCCUGAGAAGGCCAUACUCUGAUUGGGUCCGGUCCCUAGGAUUUCUGGGUCUGUGAUUGCGGGGGUGAUGGGUUCAUGCUUCUGCCCUGAGGCUUCAGGUGCUUCAGGCCUGCCUUAGAGCUGCUCAUCCCCCCAGGCACCUAUGAGCCUGGAGAGGCCAGACGUGAUCCUUCUACACACAUACACACCCCUCAUGUAACAGCACCUUUGUUCUUGUCAUACCCCAACAUGUUCACCUGUUCACCUGGACUGAGUAGCCCUCCUCCCCUUGUCACUCAGUAGCCUCUGGACCAUGCUCAACGUGGCUCUGGGGCUCCAGUGUGGGAGUGCCCUGAAGCCAAGGACAAGGGAAAAUAGUGACAAGUGGAGAACAUUAAAUCGUCUGCACUACA